AUGAUAUUGUACGUAUUUAUUUUAUUCUUUGUAAGGGUACUUUGUGAUGAAAAUGUUACCGAGGUAACCAAUUUUGUGACUACGGAUAAGUUCGUGGAAAAGAUUGAGCGCACUGUGCAACCGUUAAAUUUUUCGGGCGGACUGAUUAAGGGAGAGAAAAAAAUUACAGAUUUUAAACCUAGUCCUCAGCUGGACGUCGAGUAUGAGUACAACAAAUUUCCGGUGGUUCCUGCGCAUCCAGAGGCCAAAAGGUCGAAAAUCCAGAACGAAUAUUACACGUCGACCGAGUCGACCUAUCCAUGGAGGAUAAAAUUCCCUGCACCAGAAAGAGAAAGAGAAAGACCCUAUAAAUUCUACAACGAAAAUGAAGAACGGCCCAGUAAAUUUUACAAUGAAAAUGAGGAAAGCCCGAGUUACACCAGCAAAAAUUUUCAGAAAAACGAAGACAUUUCCUUUCAAAAACAUGUACCGAUAAGGCAAAAUUCCUACGAUAACAUUUAUAAGGAACCUGAGGAAAAAUAUAGUUACAACAUGAUGGAAAGGCCGAGCCCCAUACAAAAAACAGGGGGGGAAGAUAUUAUGGAUAAAACUGAAGAUCUCAAAAAAAUCUUUGCAGCCGUGAGACAUCAGGACUGUUCACCUAUAACUUGCGAAAAUAUUCAAAAUCCACCAUAA